CUCCUUUUGCAGCUCACAGCUGGACUUUUCACUCUCUCUCUUUCUCUUUCGUUUCAUCAUGGAGGCCCAGCGGUAUCCCAUCAGUGUCCGUGUAAUUGGGGUAAUGCACAAGGAGAGGAGCAAAAUGUACGUGGUUUCCGUGCUUUGGUCAGAUCAGAGCGAUAUUGUAGUUUAUAGAACUUUGGAGGAUUUCAAGAAAAUGCACAAACGAAUGAAGAAAGCGUUCCCAUCCGCAAGGAAACUGAACAAAUCCGACAGAGUCAUCCCCACAUUUCGAGACAAAAGGGCGAGGCGGAGCGGCCCGAGGAAGGGCCCCACUAAGUCACUGCAGCAACUCAGGUUCUUGCAGAAAUAUUGUAAUGAGCUUCUGAGCUGCGACCCGCGGGUCUCUCAGUCUACAGACCUCAUCCAGUUCUUCCACCCCAAAGACCAGGACAUGCAGCCGGAGUUCGCCAAGGACAGCGUCAUGAUCAUGCCAUCAGACGACGACAGCACCGAUGCGCGUCACGCCAAGGGUGGGAACGUGACCCAGCCGUUUGUCACAGAGACGUACAGAUGCGUGGCCCCGUACGAGACGAAAGACACCAAGAACAAACCUUUCAAAGUGAAAAUUGACGAACAAGUGGACGUGCUCAUCAAAGACAAAGCAGGGUGGUGGCUUGUGGAGAAUGAGGACAAGCGAAUGGCCUGGUUCCCCGCCCCUUACCUGGAGAAGCUAGAUGAUGAUGAUGAUGAUGAUAGAGAUGAAGAUGAAAUAGACGGGACUUCUGAAAGAGGAAUGCUGUACACUGCAGUCAAGCGCUACAAGGCCACCAAAGAUGACGAGAUAACCAUAGCCAUCGGUGCAGUUGUGGAGCUCCUGCAGCAGUCUGACAACGGCUGGUGGCUCAUCAGAUACAACGGUAAAUCAGGCUACGUCCCCACCAUGUACCUACAGCCCUACAACUACCCUCAUAUCAGCAUGGCCGCCCGCCAUCGAAAUCAUUGCAAGCCCUCCCUGAGCCUGGAACAGCAGUCCCACCACCUCAGCCGCUCACAAGGAAACCUGGUGCAACCACCUGUCAAGUCCUCCUCACCCCACCUGCUCCAACCAGGCAGCAGGCAGAGAACACACUCUCUCAACAUCCUGUCUGAACAACCCCCUGAUCAGCCUGCAAAAAACACCACUGCCUCUGCUACCACCACACCUACGUCCGCAAAGCUCGCCCCUCCACCCAUAAUCACGGUGGAGAUGGACGGAGACGAGGUACAACGUGGCAGGAAGACAAUGGAUAGCGACUGUCACAACAGCACCUUCAGCUCCAGUGACGACCUCAGUGACAGCUUCAGUUCGUCCUCAGCGAGCUCAACCUUCAUCAACCUGAGCUACAGCGCCAAUGACGACCGGCUGCGUUUUAGCCAUACGCCUCCCCCGAUGGUGAGCAACAGCCUCAGCCCAUCAGGCGGCCCAGAGCGGAAAAUGAUCCCCAGCGUCUCCGAUCCCAACCUCUACAAGGGUCCCACAACACCUAAGGUGCCACCCAGACCGCGGGCCCAGGAGAUCCUCACCCGGUGUACCACUGUCACCCGCAAGAACGCCGCCAGGCUCACGCAGACUGAGCUACUGAGUCGAUGAAGUUUCUAUUGCUACCAAUAUUUUUACUAUUAAGGAACCUCAUCUACUCUGUGGUCUAAGGAUGGAUCUGCUAAUAAAUUUUGUUUAAUAUAUGCUGUUAAGAAAUGUAACUGUGUGUAAAGAGUUGCAGAAUAGUUUCAUUAUAAUGGAAGAUGAAAGAUGCAUUGCACCUUACAGUUAUGAAAUUGUGCCAGCAUUUAUAUUCCCCAGUGAAGUUGUAUUUCUAGUAAUGUGAGUCGUCAAACAGUCUUGUUAAUGCUGUUUCCAUGAUCUUUGAAGAAAGAAUGCCAACAAGUAUGCAGAAAAUGUACAAAGGCCCUGUUUACGUCAGCAAAAUCAAUAUAUAGACGAUUAACCAGGGUACGCUAAACACUCACAAUGCUCCUCUUUACUGUUUUGAAUGAUCAUUUAUUUUCCAUACUGGAAACUUUGUGUUGUACUUUAUAUGCAUUUGUAUUGGACUGGGCUGAGUCCCCAGAGAUAGGUCUGUUCUUGUGAUUGCAGCAAAAGUAAAUGUUUGUCUGAUGACCAGAGUGUGAAGACAGCUGUCCUGCUAAAGCGGGUAAUUAACACUGAAUAUACGCUCCAGAAUCUGACCGUUUAAAUUCUGGGUGCACUCACA